AUGUGCAAUCGUAUCAAUUCUGUAAGGAAAGAUGGUGAGCAACAGGAUAUCCAUAGCGAAAUUGUUAAUGAUAUUCAACAAGACUUGGACCAGAACAAUGUCUUGGUAAAAUCAUUUCGCAUGGCAAGAGCAGAAAUACAAAAGAAUCCACUGGCUGAGGUUAAGAUUAAAUUGCUUGGUAAGCGAUCAAAGGAUGCCAGAACAUACAACUUGCCGCAAGUGUCAGAAGUUGCUGCCUUAAUUGUUGGUGAUAUUGAUACAAAUAUUGGAGAACGUGACAUUUUGGUGGAAACAAAGAGCGGCCUCUUGCAAAGAAUUACUGAAUUAAAUCCAGCUUACUUGCCCAUGCAAUACCCUCUAUUGUUUCCAUACGGUGAGGACGGUUACAGGGAAGACAUCCCCUUCUCAACAUUAAAAGGAAACAUAGCCGGUGGACGCCAACGGAUAAGUCCUCGAGAAUAUUUUUCAUACCGUAUCCAAUCGCGAAUCGCAGAGGUAUCAACUUUAUUACAUGCAAAAAGGUUAUUACAACAAUUUGUGGUGGACGCCUAUACAAUGGUGGAGUCUGGAAGGUUAAUUUACAUAAGGACACACCAAAAAAGUUUGAGAUGCGAAUCAUAUAACUGCUUGAAUGAUGCUUUAACACGCGGUGAAGUCGACCCAACUACUCAAGGAAAGAGAAUAAUAUUGCCUUCAAGUUUUACAGGUGGUGCUAGAUACAUGAUACAAAAUUACCAGGACGCAAUGGCGAUAUGUAGAUGGGUUGGAUAUCCAGAUUUGUUUAUCACGUUCACCUGCAACCCCAAGUGGCCUGAGGUGCAACGAUUCUUGAACGAUCGAAAAUUAAAACCAGAAGAUCGUCCUGACAUAGUAUGUAGAGUAUUCAAAAUGAAAUUGGACGCUCUCAUUGCAGACUGCAGGAAGAACAAGCUUUUUGGACCAGUAAUUGGAGUGAUCUAUACAAUCGAGUUUCAAAAGAGAGGUCUACCGCAUGCUCAUAUACUGUUAUUUCUGGAAAAGACCAAUGGGAACCAAAGCGGGAUAAAUUUGGACAACAUCAUUUCAGCUGAGUUACCUGAUAAAGAAGAUGAUACCGAAUACUUCAAAGUAGUAGAGGAGUUUAUGAUGCAUGGUCCUUGCGGUAGAGCACGGUUGAAUUCUCCAUGUAUGGCGAAUGGUAAAUGUACUAAACACUUUCCCAAAAAGUUUGUUAAUUUCUCAACUUUUGACGAGGAUGGUUAUCCUAUCUAUCGGAGAAGAGACAAUGGUCGCUCGGUGAUGCGCAAUGGGAUUAACUUGGAUAAUAGGUACGUGGUUCCACACAAUAGGCAUUUGUUGUUAAAGUACCGGGCUCAUAUUAAUGUGGAAUGGUGUAACCAGUCCCGGUCAAUAAAGUAUCUAUUUAAGUACGUGAACAAGGGUCACGACAGGGUCACAGCAGAAUUCUACAGAACAAACACUGAUGAUGAUGGGCCGAAAGUUAUUAAUGAAAUCAGUAUGUACUAUGAUUGUAGGUACAUAUCUCCUUGUGAAGCAUGUUGGCGGUUGUUUGGAUUUGAUAUACAGUUAAGGACACCAUCAGUUGAACGAUUAAGCUUUCACCUGCCGAAUCAACAAAGUGUAGUAUUUGCCGAUGAUGAUCCAGUUGAUAACAUACUUAGCCGGCCAACAAUCUUACAAAGCAUGUUCCUAGAAUGGGAUGCGUGUUCUGCGAGAGGCUUAGUAGAUGACGACAAAGAAUAUAUUCAGGCUAUCGAAGAAGCAAGUCAAUGGGCCACAGGUGUGAAUUUGAGAAGAUUGUUUGUCACUCUCUUGAUGUCAAACUCAAUGGCGAAACCUGAAGUUGUCUGGGAAGCUGCGUGGACUUAUUUGUCUGAUGAUGCACAAUUCAAGAUUAGAGAAGACAUGAGGAUUCCAGAUUUUAUCUUAUCGGAAGACGAGAAGAAGAAUUUUGCACUUGCUGAGAUAGAACUAAUGCUUUCGACUAUGGGAAAGAGUUUGAAAGACUUUCAAUCGAUGCCGGUACCGGAUUUAGAGAAUCAUGCUAGAACCACCAAUCGGUUGAUACAGGAGGAAUUAGCAUAUGAUGUUAAUGUCAUGAAGGAAGAGAAUGAUAGCAUGGUGGAACAACUGACUGAAGAACAAAGGGCGAUAUAUGACAACGUAUUGCAAGAUGCUCAGAAUAAUGUUGGAGGACUUUUUUUUGUUUAUGGAUACGGUGGAACGGGAAAAACAUUCUUGUGGAGAGCAUUGUCUUCUGCUAUUAGAUCAAAGGGUGAGAUAGUUUUAAACGUUGCAUCAAGUGGCAUAGCUUCACUUCUAUUACCUGGGGGAAGAACUGCACAUUCAAGGUUUGCAAUACCAAUAGCUGUUAAUGAAGAUUCAACUUGCAAUAUAAGCCAAAGUAGUCCGCUGGCACAGUUGAUCAUGCAAAGUAGGUUGAUCAUUUGGGAUGAGGCACCAAUGAUGCAUAAAUUUUGCUUUGAAGCUUUGGACCGAACUAUGAGAGAUAUAAUGCGUGUCAAAAAUCCAAACAGCUGGGAUAUGACUUUUGGUGGAAAAACAGUGGUGUUAGGUGGAGAUUUUAGACAAAUACUACCAGUAAUUCCAAAGGGAUCGAGACAAGAUAUUGUGGGAGCCAGCAUAAAUUCAUCCUAUCUUUGGAGAAGUUGUAGAGUAUUUAGGCUAACAAAGAAUCUUAGACUCAGGACAUUGCAAUCAAAUACUGAAGCUCAAGAGAUUGAAGAAUUUGCUAAAUGGAUUGCCAAUAUAGGUGAUGGAAAAAUUGGUGAUUCAAGGGAUGGAGAAUGUGAGAUCAAGAUUCCUCAGGAAUUUUUACUGACGUGUGUUGAGGAUCCUAUUGCUACAAUUGUUGAUAGCACAUUUCCUAUGUUUCGCAGUGGUAACCGAGAUCUGAAAUAUCUAAAAGAUCGUGCAAUUUUGGCCCCAACUUUGGAUAUUGUUGAUACAGUCAAUGAAUACAUGAAUGAAUAUAAUAAUGCUGAAGGAAGGACGUAUCUCAGUUGUGAUUCAAUUUGCAAAUCGGAUUCUAAUGUUGACAUGCUUGCUGAUCUGCACACACCGGAAUUUUUAAAUGGAUUACGCUGUUCUGGAGUUCCAAAUCACUCAUUGACUCUAAAAGUCGGCUCACCAGUUAUGCUUUUGAGAAAUAUUGAUCACUCAUUGGGGUUGUGCAAUGGUACAAGAAUGAUAAUUUCAAAGUUGGCUGAUCAUGUUUUAGAAGCUCAAAUACUGUGCGGAGCAAGUGCUGGUUCAAAGUUGUGGAUAAUUGACACAGGGGCUUCUCAUCACGUUACUGGUGAUUCCACUCGAAUGGUUGAUGCAAAAGAUAUAUUUCAUUGCCAUGUUGGUUUACCCAACGAAAAAAUAGUGGUUGCAACUCAAGAAGGCUCGUUAACUGAUGAUAUGCUUCUCAGACCAAUCGGAGGAACUGAUUGGAAUGAUGUUAGACGGGAUGAAUUUUACUACUUCAAGAGAAUCGAUUCAGUGCAACAUCUUACAGUAAAUGGGGUGACAAAUUUAGUCAAUCUUUGGCAUCAACGAAUGGGUCAUCCAUCUGAAAAAGUGGUAAAACUACUUCCGUCUAUUGGCACUGAUGUGGGAAGUUUUAAUAAAGCUUGUGAGGGGCAGUUCCUAGGAGAGACCAGUUUAGGGGCUGGAGGGAGGUCAUAUAAGGCCCCAGCUCUGGAGACUGGGGCAGAAGAAGCUGAGCAGAGGCUAGAAACACCACCAGUUGUGGGCCUAUGGUUUGAUAGCUACAUGCAUAAUCUGAGAGAUGAGUUUCAUUGGCCUAUGUUUGCUGAGGCCAUAUGUAGGAGGUUUGGGGAAAGUGGAGCCUCCCUCAUGGAGGACUUUGCAGCCCUCAAACAAUGGGGAACUGUUGAUGAGUUUACUAAUGAAUAUGAGAGUUUUAAGAGCUUGUUGUUGCAAACACAUCCCUAUUUGACAGAGGCAUACUUCACUGAAAAUUAUAUUGCUAAACUUAAGCACAAUUUAAGGUGCUUUUUGAGGACUGAUAGACCUAGAAAUCUGGAUGAUGCCAUAUGGUAUGCUAGGGAAUAUGAGAAGGGUCUUAAGUCCAGUGACAGUUCCAGAGCUCCUUCCUGGAAUUCCAGAAACCCAUAG